CCUUUCUUAGGAGUUAAGUCUCCGCAGCCAAAAAAUCAUGCCUGCCAAUCCUACCCGCGCGUAAUGCGCCAUGAACUCAAAUCUGCACCAUUAUCAAUUCCCAUAAAAGCCAACUGCAGAACAAGAAAUCAAAGCCAUUCUUAGCAUAAACCAAAUUGAAAAGAAAUACUAGAGAAAGAGAGACUUCAAGAAAACCAGUCGGGUUUUCUUGAUUUAACCCAGCCAGCCGUUUAACAUUUUAAAGGGUUGAUUUGAAGGGUUCGAUUUGAUUAAUUCUUUUGUUCGUCGUUCUUGCUGUCAUAAAAAAUGGGUGAUAACUUGAAGAAAUUCAUUUCAUCUGAUGAACUAAAGAAGCAUAAAAAGGCUAAUGAUCUUUGGAUUUCUAUUCAGGGAAAAGUUUACAAUGUUACAGAGUGGGCUAAGGAACACCCUGGUGGGGACAUCCCACUUCUGAAUUUGGCUGGGCAGGAUGUAACUGACGCAUUCAUUGCUUUUCAUCCAGGUACAGCAUGGAAUUAUCUUGAUAAAUUCUUUACAGGCUAUUAUUUAAAAGAUUUCCAGGUUUCUGAGGUUUCCAGGGAUUAUAGAAAGCUAGUUUCUGAUUUUUCAAAAGCUGGGAUGUUCGAGAAAAAAGGGCAUGGAGUGAUUUAUUCCCUUUGUUUCGUCGCAUUGUUGAUUUUAGCGUGUUUUUAUGGUGUUCUGUGCUGUGAUAGUUUCUGGGUUCAUAUGCUUUCUGGGGGAGUUUUAGGAUUUUCUUGGAUGCAAGUAGCUUAUUUGGGUCAUGAUUCGGGGCAUUAUCAAAUCAUGACUAGUCGUGGAUUUAAUAAAUUUGCGCAGAUUCUUACCGGUAAUUGCCUUACUGGAAUUAGCAUUGCUUGGUGGAAAUGGACUCAUAAUGCCCACCAUGUUUCGUGUAAUAGCCUUGAUUAUGAUCCUGAUCUUCAGCAUUUGCCCCUUCUUGCGGUUUCUUCAAGAUUAUUUCAGUCUUUGAAAUCGCAUUUCUAUGGAAGAAAUCUCACAUUUGAUUCCAUGGCAAGGUUUUUUGUGAGUUAUCAGCACUUGUCGUUCUAUCCAGUAAUGUGCGUCGCAAGAGUGAAUCUUUAUCUCCAGACUUUCUUGCUCUUGUUUUCGAAUAGAAAAGUGCCCGAUAGAGCUUUGAACAUAUUGGGAAUUCUCGUUUACUGGACUUGGUUCCCUUUGCUUGUUUCUUGCCUGCCCAAUUGGAACGAAAGGGUUCUGUUUGUCCUAGUGAGUUUUUGUGUCACCUCGAUUCAGCAUGUACAGUUCUGUUUGAACCAUUUCGCUGCAAAUGUUUAUGUGGGAUCGCCCAAGGGGAAUGACUGGUUUGAGAAACAGACGAGUGGGACAAUUGACAUCGCAUGCUCGUCUUGGAUGGAUUGGUUCUUUGGUGGAUUACAAUUCCAGCUUGAACAUCAUUUGUUUCCUAGGUUGCCAAGGUGCCAUUUGAGGAAAAUUUCUCCUAUUGUCGAGGAACUAUGCAAGAAACACAGCUUGCCUUAUAGGAGCUUGUCGUUUUAUGAAGCCAAUGUGUGGACACUAAAGACACUCAGAACUGCGGCACUGCAGGCUCGAGAUUUCACCGUCCCGGCCCCAAAGAAUUUGCUGUGGGAAGCAGUAAAUACUCAUGGAUGAGGAUUCAGGGGAGCUUGUGGAUCUUGUAAAAUUUUGUUGGUUCAGGUUUAGUUCUUUUUAGAUUUCAGGUGAUUAGGAUUCUUUUUGUAAUGUGCUUCAAUUCGUAGUUACACGAAAAGAUUGUUAGGAAUAUAGUCCUUCAGGCUAAAUUUUGUUUCUUCGCAUUGAGACAUUUCUUUAUUCAAUAACAAUAAAGGGACUUAUUUAUUCAA